AUGGACUCCUCGACCGCUCAGGUCAAGGUGAUCUUCACCACCAACGAGGCCGACUUGGAGCUUCCCGAGUCCAAGAGACAAUUGCUCGUACCAGCCGACAUUAAGCGAUAUGGCCUCUCUCGAAUUCUCAACUCCGAGUCUAUGCUCGGCACCUCGUCCCCGAUCCCGCUCGACUUUCUCGCCAACGGCACCUUUCUCACAACCUCGAUUGAGGAGUACCUCUCUAGCGAGGGCCUCUCUUCCGAGAGCACGCUCACGCUUCAGUACGUCCGCAGUCUGCUGCCGCCCUCGUACGAGGCCAGCUUCGAGCACGACGACUGGGUCGGCGCCGUCGACUGCCUGUCUGCCACGUCUCCGGCCGGCCGUCUCGCCGACGGCGGCGGCGCCGUCAGAGAGCGUAUUGCGAGCGCUUCCUACGACGGACUAGUACGGAUAUGGAACCCGCAGGGCGCGGUCGUCGCCACGUCGGCCGCCGGCGCGGGCGGCGGCCACUCGCUGCGCCUCAACGCCGUCCGGUGGCUGUCGGGCAAGCAGGUCGUCUCGGCGGGCUUGGACCGCAAGGUCGUCGUAUGGGACUACGCCGAGUCGGACGACGGCUUCUCUGGCUCGCUCAAGCCCAACAUGGAGCUCUGGGGCCACGACAAGGCCAUCCUCGCCAUCGAUGCGAACCUGGCCACGCGCCGCCUCCUGACGGCCUCGUCCGACGGCCAAAUCGGCCUCUGGUCGACGUCGAAGCGUACCGCGCCGCAGGCCGACCCCGAGAGCCUGCCGUCGGCGCACACAACGAAACGGGCCAAGCUCGCCGGCGCGGCGACGACGGCGCAGCGCGGCCCGCUGGCGCUGAUCCCCGCGCACGACGCGCCCGUCACCGCGGCCCUCUUCCACCCCCACGACGCGACAGUCGCGUACACGGCGUCCGAGGACCACACGGUGCGAACCGUUGACCUCACCACGCAGCGGCCCGUCGCGCGCCUCGCCACGAUGCACCCGCUGCUCGCGCGCGCGGGGGGCACGGCCGACGAGGGCGGCGGCGGCGGCGCCGUCAGUCAGCCCGUGUACACGAUUGGCAGGGAGUGGCUCAGGGGCAAGAAGCUGCCUCCGGCGGGCGAUGGCGUCAAGGUGCUGAGCGUGGCGUGGGAUAAGACGUGGGGGAUUGUCAGCGGCGGCGAGGAUAAAAAGGUGCAGAUAAACAGGGGGCAAGGGCUGCUGGCGGAGUAG